AUGUACUUCGCCACCAUUGCUGUCCUAUCAACGGCUCUUGCCUCUUCCACACUUGCCGCCCCUGGAGCCCCCGAACACCCAAUAUGGAAGAAACCAGGCGGUGAUAGCUGGUUCCGAAGAAAACAAGUCUCACCUCCCAGCUACGAGCCCUCGACGCCAGACAGCGGCACAGAGUGCCCAACACCAACCAACUCCACCUGCCUGACCGACGAACAAGCCGCUGCCGGUGCCGAAAUUUUCCGUCGUCUCAUCCAAGACUAUUCCGACGAAUUGGCUCUAGACGCCCUCACGGAGGACUUUGUCGAUUAUUCUUCCGCAGUCAAUAUCAUCCGUAAUCGCGGCAACGAAGGCCCUUUUGUCGUCAAUGAAAUCUCUUUCAAUGGCCGAGCAGCUUUCAUGGCUGCACAAGGUUCUCAACCUGAAAUUCCUUUCGAUACUCUUAAUACUUUCCACGGCUGCAAUCAUGUCGCGACUCGAUGGCAAACGCUUCGUUCUGCCAAUGGACAAGCCACCGAAUCGAAUGAUAUUCCCGUCGUCGGCAACGGAAUCCUCGUAACCGUCCCCGACUCCAACAACACGUAUGGAUUCCGCGUCAAAGAACUUUAUUCGGAAUUCAACGCUGCCGCUUGGCUUGUCAAUAAUGAAGAGGACGCAUGA